CAGUGUUGUCAGCUCCCCCCUCAAUGUUGUCAGCUCCGCACAUCAGCAUGGCCGCACACUAGUUUGUAGGAUUACUGUCUCUCUUUGCCAUACGUUUCACCAACUAUUACCGCUCCCUUUCCGCCUCUGAUUUCAUCUCAACCUUAAGUCCACCUCUAACUCUCUGGGUUGACGUGAAGUGAGAGGCCAGAACAUUGAGAAUGGCGCAGGUACCAUUGCGCAUGGCUCAGCCUGGUCUGGUGCCCCCCCAUCAACAACGUCCUCCCAUGAUGGUCUCCAUGACACAACCACCACCUGUCUCCAUGCAAGCAGGUCUGGUGAGCAUGGCGCCCAUGAUGGCCCCAGCGGGUGGGAUGGCGGUUAUGACGCAGGCCAUGAGCCACCCAGAUUCUGGUGUUGGUCCUGGGCCCUCCUGGUCCACAUCACCCAGGCCCCCCACCACACCAUCCCAGUGGGCCCCCCCAGCCUCCCCCAACAGGUCCUCCCCCCCACACGGGCCCUCCCCACUCUCAGUAUCACCCUGCCCAUCACCCAGCUCAGGCCCCUCAUCAUGGCCCACAUCCAACUCAUGCCCCACACCACGGUCCUCAUCACUCUGGCCCACACUCGGGUCCCCAUUCUGGCCCACAUUCGGGUCCUCACUCGGGGCCGCAUGGUGGGCCACAUGGUGGACCACAUUCCGGUCCACAUGGGGGUCCACAUGGAGGACCACAUAGUCAUGGUGGCCCUCACUCUGGUCCUCACAUGGGACCCCCACAGGGGGCCGCAGGGAGGACACAUGGUGGACCAACACAUCCUCAGUCCCACCUACAAGCAGCAGCAGUUGCUGGUCCUCCCCACAUGACACACCCUCCACACACUGUCAUGCACCACUCUGCGCCACACCAGAUGAGUGGGAUGAGUAGUGGAGGGCCUGGGGGCAUGGGAGCCUCUCCAAACAGUAGUCAU